AUGGCUUGCGUCAUCGCAAAAUUCUCGCUUGAUGCCGAUGAACGUGUUUCUCCUCGUGAAAUAAGUGGGAGAAUAAUCAGAGAAACCGCUUCAUUCAAACAAAAAUUACCCGAAAUUGAGAUAUUCGUCAAGACAUUCGCCCAUAAUGUUCUCGAAUACUUUCCUCGUAUCCAUCCGUGGCUCUAUUCUAAAAUAUUCUUCGUUUGCAGAACUCCUAUUUCACCUUCUCUAUUUAAAUUUUUUUCUGCCGAUGCGUUCUUGACUGUCGAUGAGGAGAACAUCAUUAUUUAUUACAAGCGGAGAAACGGAAAAGGCGAAUUCGGAGGUCCCAAAGUGCGAAACGAGGGAAUAAAGGAAGGCGGAGUUCAAACACCCAGAAAUGAAAAACAGGCUGAGCUUGUUGCGGGUGGAAAUGCUGAGAAAAUUGACGCGAAAUCUCAAAAAAUGGAUAGUGUGGGGAUUUUGAAUGGAAAGAAUGGAGAGCAACAUUUGGCUGGUGCGAACAGAGCAAAUAUCGUCAAUCCCACCAACGAAAUGCCUGAAGCGCCGAUGGGACCCGUUUCAUCAGAGGGAUCGAAAGAGAGUGUCAAUCUGUCGAUCUUACCUCCAAAACCAACGAAUAAUGAUUUGAAUAUUAAGAAAUGUGGUGACACUACGACUACAGGAGCCAUCUACAACACACCGAGUACUUCAACUAACUUAUCAAGCUCUGAACCGCCCUCGAGAAUGAUGAAUGACGGAUCGGUGUUGACCGAUUCCCGGGUGACAAAACGAGGGAAUAGUCAAGAAGGAGUCGCUCCACAAGGUGUAUCGAAACCGAGGAAACCACCAGCAUUCGAUUUUUCGAGUAUAAGCAAUAUAUUAGAUGCUCCCAGUACUUCCAGUGCUCUUCCUGUUUCUGAUGUGCCUCCAACUCCGACGAAUAGUGAAUCAACUUCGAAAAAUGUUGGUCGGAAAAGAAAAAGAAAUACAGAAGAAGCAACAGAUCUGCCAGGAGUACCAAAGCCGAAAAGAGCAACCAAAGCGUCUGUUCCGAACUUGGGCAACAUGACUUUCGAAAACUUCCGAACAUUUGUGAAUCCUGGAGAAACAAUGACUGAAUUUCUCAGUCGUAUAGUGGAACAUCCGAAAGGAAUCGGAGGGAGAAAGGGUCAAAUCAAGAGAGAGAUCUUCGACCAUGUUACUGCACAAUCUUCGAUUGAAAAACAAAUAAUUGAAUCUGAAAAACAGAUUCGAAUGCAGCAUGAAGCGAAGGGACUUCACAUGAUUCCUCUCAAGUUUGAACCAAGGCAGAGAUUGUUGAUAAUGCCUCAAAUUCUCUCAACAAAUGUAACAACGACGAGUUCUUCAUAUUUCAAGGACAUUUCUGAAGAUCUUCAACCGUUUUUCAGAACAUUGAAUAAAAUUCUCGAAAUUAUUCCAAAGUCGGAAAUUCUCUCGGAUAUCUACGGUCGGAUUAAUCAGUUUAUUAAGUAUUCCGAAAUAAAAGAAAUUGCGACAAGCAAUGGAACAACUGAAACUGCAUUCACGAUAAUAUGUAACUGUGCAGUCUUGAAUGCAGACGACAAUGUGCAAAAUGGAAUUACAUUGAGGAAAUUUCUUACAUUGUUACGAUCGGAAGGAAAGAAAAUAUUAAUAGACAACUAUUUUGAUAGAACCUGUCAUUUUGAAUUGCGCAAACUUGCUAAUAAUGAUAAGAAAUUCUCAUUCCCGGUAGCUGAAUCUUCGAUUGCUGAAGCUCUCAAUUUCGUUAUCUCUAAAUCGACAUUGUGUAUCAAUGCAUCUAAUUCUGUUCAAUAA